CUCGAUCGUCCAGAUGGUCGUCGCUCUGGUCCUCUGGUCCUCUGGCGCUGCAGCCUACCAUCGGCCUACGCCGCUGGCACGGCCGCUGCUCGCUGCUGGUGGCCCUCGUCUCGCGUGCGUGAGCCGACAUCGCGCUCCGCCGCCAAGCUGCUGCCAGCAGCCGCCCGUGGGAGAUGGAGCAGCUGCUGCCAGCACGCCUGCCAUGCUGUCGCUCGCUGCUGUGGUGCCAUUCCUCUCCCUCGUAUCGGUCAAGACGGCCACCGACCUCAUCACCAACCACGUCCGGCGACCGCCAGCGACCGCAAUGGCGCUGGUCUCUGAGAUUGCAAUCUUCCCGCUGAUCGUGGCCUGGCUGGUCGUCGGGAAUGGCGUGCGCCGGCUGCGCGGCGCCUCCGCCGCUGGCGAUCGCGACAUCGGAGCCGUCUUCCGCAGAGCGAUCACCGAACAGCCGCUCCGCCUGAGCGCCAUCGGCUCGGUGUACGCCCUCGACAACAUGCUCUACUUCUUCGCGCAGUCGAACGUGGGCGCCGUCACCUACACCGUCCUCGCCCAGGCAAAGAUCUUCUUCACCGUCGCGGCGCUGCGCAUGCGUGGCAUGCUUGGCCCGCUCCGGCCGCAGCAGAUGCUCGGCCUGAGCUGCCUCUUCGGCGGCGCUGUCCUCGUCGCUCUGAAGGACGCGAUGACGUCAUUCGCAAACGUCGCGUACGAGCGGCAGCUGCGCGAGCCAGGCUGCGACUUGUGGGCGGCCAUCCUCGGGUCGGGAGGAGUGCCUCCCUCGCCCGCCGCCCUGCUCGCCGCCUUCCGCGCGCCGUGGGUGUGGCUCGUGGCGGCGAGCGCGGUCCUGAUCGCGCUGACCAUCUCCGCCGGCGGCAACGUGCUGUACGCCAUCUCGAAGCCGUGGCCGGUCGUCUUCGCGACGCUGACCACGUGCGUCGUCCUCGGCAACGUCCCCUCGCUCGGCUUCUUGGGCGGGAUCGCCCUCUCGGUCAGCGGGAUCGGCCUCUACUACGCGGCGAGAGCUUGA